AGUAUACAUCGCUCAAGAUUUCAACAACAAAUCAGUUAACUUAGAUUGUGAUACAUCAAAAUUUAUUGUGAUAAAAUUGACGUGCCAAUAGUUAUAACAAAUUUUGUGGUGACGAAAAAAAAAAAAAACAAACGAAAUUGUUUCCGAUUUUCUUUUUAAAUCUGAGAAAAAAAAUAAAAAUGUUCAUCAAAACGGUGAUUUUUGUGUGCCUCGUUGCAUUAUUUAUCGGAUUUGAAGCCAGACCAAUCAAAUCUCCAAAUGUCUUCAAAUUGAAGGUAUCACAUAGUGACAUCGAUGAAGGUGUUUCCAUUGAAUUGACUAGAAAACAUGACGACCGAAAAACUAUGGAAUUUGUAAAUUAUCGUCCAGAAUUAAUGAAUCAGCUAAAUCGAAAGCAAACUCGAUUCAAUAUAAAACAAAAACGUAGCAAACGUCGCAUUCAACGAAAACAAUUGGCGCAAUCUCAAGCAAAAAUUUUGAGAGCAUUGGCAUCACAAAAGGACGAAACAAUUCAUGAUUUGGAUAUGGCAAUUCAAAACAGCAACGAAAAAAUUGUAAUGCGAAACAAGAGAAGUGUGCCAUUGAAGGAUGUAGCUGAAAAAAAGGAAUUACAAAUUGAAGAUUUGGGACGAUUUAGCGAAAACAACGAAGCCAAUGAAGGUGAUGAGUACAGCGAUGUUGAUGAUGAAAAAGAAGAAGAUAAUGUUAAAGUAACAGAGAGAAAAGAUGAAAAAGUAGAAUUGACCAAAAGCGAAACUAACACCAAAAUUGACAGCAAGACUACACAAAAAUCAAACUCACGCCGCGCAACACAAAAUAAGAAACCCGAUGCUUAUCGUAAUUAUGCAUUCGACACUGCUGAUUUGGAUCAAUUAAGUGAAGAUGAUGACAUACUACAAAGAUACUACGGCCGUCAUCCAGCCGUUCGACGUUCUGCCAACUAUGGAUCGUUCACAGAUAUUAUGAAAGCGUCAGCAUCCGAAACUGAACACGAUAAUCGAUUCACGAAGCGAUUGCACUAUGGCACCAACGACACAUUUUUAAACGAUGAAGCCGGUUCUAAGGAAGACACCAACGAUUUAUACGAUGAAUAUGAUAGUUAUGAUGACGAUUAUUGAUUUUAAGAAAAAGUAACCGAAAUGAUUAACUAUUUGUUUGUCGGACCGCAAUGAGUAUAUACGAUCCGGUAGCUACAAGCCAACAUUCAGUUUUUCAGCGUGGAAAUAAUAGAAAAGUGCAACAAAUAUCUCCAAAUUACGAUAAACAGCAGU